GGUGGUGAGAGUGCAAGGCGCACUAGCAGACACAUGGGCCCCAUCAUCAUCACUCCCUCCACCACCUCCCCCUUCAACCUACCCUCGUUCCCUUUCCCUCCCUGCUUGCCUUUUGCUGUCCCUAUACUCUGCUUUCACCCCCUCAUUACUCCAAAUCCUUGCAUUCCACUCUCUAAAACAACAGAGCUUCUUCAAACUUUUUUCUUUACCUCUCUGCUAAAAAACUUGACUCUCUCUUUCUCUCUCUUUUGCUCUAAUGGAUGGUACUCUUGGUUUACUAGGCGGUAGUGGAGGUGGUGGUUCUCCUGGGGCCUCCACGAAUGAGUCCACUGUGUCAAAGGUGGAGGUGGUGGAGCAAGAUUUUGUGGGCAUGUCAUCUGAGGCAUCCUCGUACCCGGCUGAGGCUGAGCUGGAGCUGGGUCUUGGUCUGAGCCUAGGUGGUGGUGGUGGUGGUGGUGCUGUGAAGUCCAAGGCUUGCACAUGGGGUGAGCGUGGACGUAUCUUGACUGCCAAAGACUUUCCUUCUGUGGUCUCUCAUGGUUCCUCUGUACCUUCUCGGUUCACAGACAGAGCUACUGCUGCUUCUGUUGGUCCUGUUUCUGGGACCAAGAGAGCUGCCGACUCUGUUUCUCAAGAGGGUGGAUCUCCUACUGCUGUCAGUCAGGUUGUGGGAUGGCCACCCAUAAGGGCUUAUAGGAUGAACAGCUUAGUUAAUCAAGCAAAGAGUCAGAGGGCUGAAGAAGAUAAGAUGAUUCGCGAGAAAGAUAAAUCCAGGGAUGCUUCAAAGAAGAAAAUUUAUACCAAGGCUGAUCCUACUGCUAAAGAAAAAUGUCAUCUUGGGUUUGUGAAAGUGAAUAUGGAUGGAGUUCCAAUAGGAAGGAAGGUUGAUUUGAAUGCUCAUUCUUGCUAUGAGACUUUAGCCCAAAUGCUGGAGGACAUGUUCUUUAGGCCCACCACAACUGUCAGUUCGAUUGGUGGAGAGAAGGACCAAUCAACAAAGGCCUCUAGCUCUAAGCUUUUGGAUGGUUCAUCUGAAUUUGUGCUCACUUAUGAAGAUAAAGAGGGAGACUGGAUGCUUGUAGGAGAUGUUCCAUGGGGGAUGUUCCUUACCUCUGUGAAACGGCUCCGAAUCAUGAGAACCUCUGAGGCUAAUGGACUUGGUCCAAGAUUUCAAGAAAGGAAUGACAGACAAAGAAGCAAGCCCAUAUGAGAUCACUGCCGUCUGUUCAUUUUCAAAUUUGCUAAGAUGAAGAAAACCCACAGUUUGACAACAGAAGUUAAAAGGAAAGUAGAAAAGUUGAUGAGACAGAGUGUUCUGCGAAGAUUGUUCUUCCGCUGGUUUCAAUCCUGCCUUGUUUUUUUAUUUUCUUUUUGGUUAUACUCGACCAUUCUCUCUGGUUCUUGCUGCUUUUUUGUUCUCGUAGGCCAUUUUGAUUUUAGUUUUUACAGUCUCUUAUAUAGUACUACCAUACAGGCCUGCCUACUUGGCCGAUUGCUGCUUCACAGUAUUGUAAAUAUGGGAGUACUUGAUAUCUAGAGUGUUGAGUUUGCUGCAAUCUAGUGGUCUCAGCUUUUUACUUGGUGAUAAAAGAAAAACUUGUGUGGUUUUGAUUUUUGAAA